AUGGGAAUGUAUUGUCUUUUAAAUGAGUUGACGACGUUUAAGAGGAGGAGUGCUGUCAAGGUUCGAGUGGUUCGAUCAUAUACUGUAAUGGAAAGGAGAGGAUCAUCAGAAAUCAAGAGUAAAGAGUUGGUGCUGCACGACGAAGAGGCAACAGUAAUCCAUGCCUGUAUACCAAAGGAUGUUUUACCAAAAUUCCCAGAAAGCUUUUUAGAAGGAAAUGUCUAUUGUUUCAAGAACUUUUAUGUCGUUGCAAAUUGGCAUACCUAUAAGACUAGCAUGCAUGAGUUCAUGCUGCAGUUCAAUCACGAGACUAUCAUGAAAGAAUCUAGGUCAGAUAAUUUCCCUUACCACAUGUUCAGACCGAGACCAUUCCAUACUUUGAAAGGUAAUCCAUCACUAGAUGUCAAGGAGUUGAUUGAUUUAAUUGGCCGUAUUGUUGAAAUACGUGCUCCCCAAGAAAAAACAAUUUCUGGACAGAAUACUGUCCUCAUAGACUUUGUUUUAGAAGAUGCAAUGGGUAGUCGUUUGAACUGUACCUUUUGGGAUGAACACGUGGCCAAACUUGAACCAUUGUACAGAUCUGCUUCAAAGGACCCUGUUGUAGUGUUAAUCCAAUUCUGCAGAAUCAAGCUUGGUGCUAGAGAUGGUGAUGUGAAAAUAUCAUCUUCAUAUGAUGUUACUAAACUUCUAAUUGAUGUGGACUGCCCUGAGAUUCAGAACUUCAAAGAGAGUCUGGUGGACAUUGGUGAACAAACUCCAAUGUGCAGUAUUGGUUCAAUGACAAGCUUCAGUUUCACAAACAGUAUUGAAGAGUCAACCAGUACAACAAUGCAGAUGACUACCAUUUCUGAGAUAUAUGGGAAUGAAAUGCAUGGAGAAUUCUGGGUUGCUGCCAAGAUAAAUGGCAUUGAAAAGUCCAAUGAUUGGUGUUAUACUUCAUGUAGAAAACCGGGUUGCAAUAAGAAACUUAAAAUUUCAGAAGGGUACAAAAUUAGACUUAGGGUUGUUGACCUCAAAGGUACUGCAUCCUUUUUGUUGUGGGAUAGAGAUUGCAUGGAACUUAUUGGUACAUCUGCCACUGAGUUAUACCAGAGGAAUAAGAAUACUCCAGGUCCACUAAAGGAGAUCAAGGCAUUAAUUGGCAGGAUAAUGCUAUUUAGAGUCUCGGCAAAUACAGACCAAUUUAUCAAUCUGUCCUAUGCCUUCCCAGUUUUAAAGAUUAACACUGAAAGCAAGUUUGUUCAACAGUAUUGCAAGGAACUCUUGGAGGCCCAUGACAAGGAACUUAACUCUACUGUGCAAUUAAGUAAUGAUGAUGAGGAAUUCCUACAGGGGUUUGACAGUGAUGAAGCUGAGAGCCCGAUACAGAUGCUGCCACCUAUGAAGAAUGUUGAAACCUCUGAUGGACCGGUGAAGAGAAGUUUGCUGGAUCAGUUCUCUUCCACCAAGUGCUGCAAGAAAGUGAAAGACACUAAAGUGAAGAUUGAGAAGACUGAUUGA